AGAGAGAUAGAUAGGCAGAGAGAAGAGAGACGCGCGCUUAACGAAGCGCGACACGGUAACCGACGACGGCUCAAGUAGUAAACCGCCUUCUGCGCCUCGGUUGGCCAGCCAUUGCGUACUCGCAGCCACCGAAGGCCGUUCUAGGCCGUUUGGUAGCGACCGUUAGGCAAUGCUUCUUGCACCGGUUACCUUAAACGUUCGCCUGAGCGCGCCCGUUGUCCUUGCUAGAAUUCGAGCCACCGUGUUGCGCGCCUCCUCGAAAAGCGACUAUGCCGACAUAAUCGCCGUUGACCCGUGAGACACGGUCGCGUCCGUGAUAGAAAGAGUUAUUUUCCUCUCUUUCGCGAGAGAAGCCUUCAACCAGGCUUCGACAUUCGCGCUCGAUACAGUUCAUGCGAGAACCAACGGCGCGGGACUCGGAAAUGCAAUAAAAAAAUUAUUUGGUAUUAGUUUGGUAUUAGUUACUAUAAUCAUAUAAUAAAAGAACUUUUGUGAAAGAACUUUUUUGAAAUUUUUGUGGUAAAUGUAUAGUUAAUAUGAUUAUCAUACAUUACUAAUAAUAUUAGCUUACAUGCACUGAGAGAAAAAAAAUGAUUAAUUUGAAUUAUAGUUAUUUUUUAUCCCAACCAUAUUUUCUCGUUAUUUUAACAUAAAGAUGACAGUAAUAAUGUGCAUAAGAUUAUUACCACCAACUAGUAGAGUUAAAUACAAACGUAUAAGUAAUAGUAGAGUUUAAUACAAAGUAGUGUGAUCGUGUAACAAAUAAUUUCGAGUUUUUCAUGUAAAAUGAAUCGAUUGUACUUCUGUAUCGUUAUGAUUUUAUGAAACAAUGUAUACGCCAUUUCAAUCUAUGAUCCUCUGCUGUCCGUUGCAUACAUUGUUUCAUAAAAUUAUAUUAAUUAUUUCAUGAAUAUAUAAUCGUUAUAUUUUAGCUGAAAAAUUCAAAAUCACUCUUAUUACACAAUCCAACGUAUCGCUAUUGCUACUUCUUGGCUAGAACAGCAGGGAGAUAUAGUUGGCGUCGAAAAUAAUAAUUUUAGAAGAUUAACCAUUUUUUCUCUCAGUGUGCCAUCGUCGUCGCCGUCUCAUUCCCGCGAAGCAAGUGCUUACUCGCGUCCGACAUGCGAGUCGCAUUUUUUUCAGGCACUUUGAUACGACCGACGCCACCUUUACGACACAUUAGGUCGUAACGCGGCGACUCUUCGCUCGGCCUGAUUUACGCCGUGCGGCUGCGCGUAAGCGCGUUUAUUAAUUCGCGACCUGGCCGUGUCGACCAGGCGCGGGUGCGAUUUAGUAAGGGGAGAAUCAGCGCGUUAUUUUGCACUAACGUGAAAUCCCUGUAGCGCGUCUGUAGCGCGGAAUAAAAGGCGGCGGGCGAGGAGGAGACGGGCGGGCCAGCCAUUGCUCGCGAGGGAAACUUCGGAAUUUAUUAACUUGUACGGUACGUUCUUGCGCCUGCAACACAGCCACCCAGAACUCAAUAAAAUGUACUUUCGUUACUUUCUCGCGAUCUCUUUUUCCUCCCUGUUCUCCACGCCGUGGCGCAUGCUCGUUUAUUUGUUGGCCGCGCGAUAAAACUUCUCCUCUCUCUCGCCUCCUCUCGGCUCCGUUUCUUUUUCCCCGUCUUGACGUCUCGUCGCCUCGUCCUUCCCUCGGCCUUUUCAUUUAAACUGUCCGCCGGUCGUAAGAAAUAAUGCUGGAAAAAGUCGCUGCUCGCCUCAGUUACGAGAUACCCUUUUUAACGAUCGCACUUAACCGUGCCUCUUGACGCUGACGUACGAUGUACACAAUAUUCGCGAUUGCAACGGGGAAUUAAGCCCGAUAUAAAUGCAGUCCCUUUGCUGAGACUCCAAUCGGAGUCGUAUACGCGCCGUAUACGUUUCCUCGUGCGCUUUACACCGUUCGUGUUACCAGAAUCCCUUCUGUGUUCUCGUCUUACUCUUCUCUCUCUUUUGUCCCGUCUCUCCCUUUCUCUUUCUCUUGCAAAAAAUUCAGCUGAUCGUCUAAUAGUCGGGUACAACGAUCAUCGCGUUUAUUUGUCGCAAUUGCCGAUGCUCUCGUCGUAGGAACAACGGAUACACAGAGAUGUCUAAACGCACGAUUGUUCGCGACCGCAUUACGUAAGUCUGCGCAGACGAAGAUGGUGGUCGGCUGCAGGUUUGGCCAUCGUCGCUCUUCCGGACUCGAAAUUUUGACUCUACUUUUAACCUAACUAUUCCAUUUAGCAUCUAUUUUAAUACUCUGAAACCUACAUCAGCCUCUUUUGAUUCUUUUUAACCUACUUUUUAACUUACUCGAGUCGUAAUUUUAACUCUACUUUCAGCUUUACUAUUAACAUCCUACGAUAAUACAAUCUGUUUUAACGCUAAAAAAAGUGAAAAGGGAAAUUUCAGAUAUCAUCAGGGUCAAAGUAGAAGUAAAUUGUAUCAUUAGAAUUAAAUCUGCUUUGCUAACUUAGCUCCUACUGCGUUGUGGAAUUCAAGGUUUAAUACGGGCCAAAAUUUCGACUCGGAUUUCGGACUCUUCUUCCUUCUCUUGUUCAUCGCGACGUUAAAGACGCAAACUGAGCGUGAUAAUAGCGGGGCGGGAGUUGUUUCUCGCGAUUCCCGCCAUAUACCGGUAUAGACGAACGGCGGCACGGUCUAUGGUCAACUAUAAAGGCCAUCUGCUCGCUUUUAGAGCCUCUUUUAUAUCGGCCCGGUGACGUCACUCUCGCCGGCGAGAGAGACGGACGCGCCCACUCGCCACCGUCGUGUAACACCUUGCUCUCCUCUUUGUCUUCGCCUACCUUGCCCCGUCGUCGUGUCCGUCCGCGACGGGUCCGUCGAAUCCAACGAGCCGCAUUGACUGACGCGCGUGUUAUAUGGCGGAACUUUAACGAGUGUUCGUCUAAUCGUCGUGAACCGAGUUUCGAGGAAAGUCUCGCGCGACUGGUCGGUGCUUUUGGCACGGUUAUUACCGCAAACGUCAUUGUCGUUCGUAAAUCAUUGACCGCGCUCGUUUCCACGCGUACGUGCAUCGUGACACCGCUGGACGCAUAGUACAACGCGAGAGAUAGAGAGAGGAAGAGAGGAGGGAUGGCCGACGGUCGACCGGAUCAGCCUGGUCUUGGAGAAGAUCGUUAGCCGUUGCUCUGUUUACGCGCCGUCGCGCUUACACGACAAACGAUCUUUCGAAUAAACCCGUCCAGAGAUGGAGCACCGUCACACCUGUCACGAACUUUUCUAGAUCUUAUACCGGCUCGAUCAGGUCGAGCUUCGAUUUGUAUCCUGUCUUCGGCCACUUCAAGUAUACUGGUCUCGAGAAAAUAUGAAAAUAUUCUUAACAAGCUUUGAAUAUGUCGCAGAGCGGUAAAGAAAUAUGUAUUUCUGACUCGGGCUUCUUCGCAUGUUUAGGGGUUGAAAUUACCCUUCUCCCCCAAAGGAAAUUUGUUAAAAGUAUCUUUAAAACCCCGGGUACAUGUAAAAAAUAUUUUAGACGAAAAUUUUUAUGCUCUUUAUAAUAUUAUUAUUAUAUUAUAUUAUUAUUAAUAUAUUAUUAGUAUUAUUAUUAAUAUAUUAUAUUAUUCUUAUUAUAUAUUAUUAUUACAAUUGUGUAUAUUUAGAUUUUCCAAAUGUCGUUUUUCAAUCUCUGGUUACUCUAUUCAAAGUUCAUUAAAAAAAUCGACGAUUUCAGGGAGAGAAUAUUAUAAUUUUUUUUUUUUAUAAAUUCCCUUCAAUUUUACUAUAUUUUUAGAAGUGCAGAAAUAAACUGUCGAUAAGGCAUCUAUCUUGCUGAGGAACAUAGUGAAUUUUGUUCGAAAUGUUUACCCUCGAAAUAUAAAUUCCUAAAAUAUAAACGGAAUAUGUAUAAAGUGAAAAAAAAGUUAAUUACUGCAGAAUGUCAAUCCACUUCUCAGCUACACAAUUCUAUAAUAAUUUCUACUAAAAAUAAUCUUUCCGUGUCCCGUGUGUAUCUUCUUGACGAUGGGUAUCGCUCGUAAAGAUCGUGUGGCGAUCGCGAAUGAUUUUUCGCCGCCAAGGGACGGCGACGGUGUCGUCGUUGUCGUCGUCGUCGUCGGGGAUUGUUUGCGAUCUCGUAAGCAAGGUGCGAGGUUUCGUAAGGCGGCGUUAACGCCUUCUAGCGAGGAUCGAUCGAGCCAGCCUGGUCGCACGUUUGGCACGGCGCCAGGCAGGCGUCCCGACGCUUUCCGAGAUGGUGGACCGAGUCCGGCCGAAGGCAGCGUCCCGGCGUCAGCGUCGGCGUCGCCGUCGGGCGUCCGUCAGUGCGCGUGUGACAUGGCUGCGAGGCGUUACGGCGACCUAGACGCCCUCCACCUCGCGAUGUGAACACACCCGCGACACCACCUUCGCCUACGUCGACCUCGCCACGAUCCCCGUACGCGCGCGACUCCCCAGCGGCUCUAUCGAUACACUCGGUCCACGGAAAUGAGUCAGGAUCGCCGAGCGCCGCGAAAGACUGUAGCUCGUGCAAACUCGUCGGCGCGGUCCACGCACCAGCUCGUGUGAUUCCCGUAAUCACGGCAAGGAUCGGAAUCGUCGUUGUCGACGGUGCAUCCUGGCGCGGUUGCACUUUCUCGUCGGUGGUUCCGAAAGUUCGAAGUCGCCCGCGUGCUCGUGUUGAAGGGACUGAAGGGGACUGUCCACGUGAAAACUCGUUCCCAAGCUUCCCGAGUCGAGUGAUCGUUAUGCCGGCGGGUCUCUGAUCGCCGAACGUCACGGCGAUCGCGGGAAAUCGAGACGCGUGGACAGGAAGAACGGGACGAUGUGAGAGAGAAAAGUGCGAGGUGACCUGAGCGAGAUGACGAGUCGGAGGAGGGUUGAUCUCUGAAGCUCGUCGCGAGUGCGUGCGUGCGUGCAUGCAUGCAUGCAUGCGUGCCUUAUCUCGCGAAGCGCAACGUAUCAUUCCCAGACAGACAGACAGAUAGACGCAUUCCCUGUAAUCUCGAGACGGCGAAAACAGUCGGCCGCUCUCUGUUUUCGGAAGUUUGUACAUAUAAAUGCUCGCGCGCGCCAUCGGUGCGUUAUUCCCAGUUGGACGUGUUGGUCGUUCAGGUUACGUGCAAAAUUUCACACGUCAAGUUUCCUCAUCCGACUGAGCAAAGUGGAAGAAAACUGUUAACGUAGACAGCCGAACUCACCGCGCGAAUUCGACAACUUGGAAUGCGCGGAACUAUUCCGUGUCUCUUUUCGAUUCGAAGACGUUUCUCCGCCGAAUGCUCGACGCAGCAUGACGCGAUUUUGAGCGAGAAUUUGGGACCUGCGGCCCACGCUCGAUGAUCCGCGCGAGCAGUGCGAAUGACAGAGUGGCUGCGCGCCGAGACGACAUCGCGAUUUCGGGUCUGAUCGGGGUAACGUUGAUUCGACGACGCGCGGUCCCGGCCGUCGCGGCGCUCCCGCACGCGAAAAGUGCAGAGAACGGGUGGGCGGGAGAGGGAGGCAGGAGGAGUGGGUGCAUGUGAAUGUGCGCGCACGUGCGUGUCUCUGUGCGAAGUGCAUAAACCGACGAUGGGAUAUCGGUGAGAUCACGAGGUCACCGCAGAAUGCCUGAGCCGAGGGCAAAGCGCUGUAAACACUGUGACGAGUCUGGCCACAGGUUGGACAGCGGCUCCCCGUUCUGGAGGAUUCAACUCGACCAGGACCUUCUGGACACCAUCAGCGCGAUCUAUCCGGAGUGGUUUAAAGAUUACACUAAUAGCCGAGCAUCGACGUCGUCGUCCUCCUCUUCGUCCUCCACGUCCUCGAGCACUUCCGGCGCGCAAUCUUGCAACGACAGCACCGCUGUGGUCGUCGUCAGCAGCGGCGGAGACGAGCACAAGGUCGGCAAAGGCGACGUCGCCAAGCCGAAGUCCAAGGCGAAAAAGUCGGACGGCCACAAGGAUAAGGACCGGGACAGGAAGGACCCUAGGCGCGACGCUAAGGACGAGAGCAGGGACGCUGGAAACGGCAAGAAAGGGACGAAGUCACCGCCGCAGCAGGAUAAAGCAGCGACCGACGCCGUCGCCGCGGGAAGGAAGGCCGCCGUCGGUGUUCCAGGAUCGGGAUCGGAGAUGGCCGAGGGCAAUCAGUCGCCGCCGAAGGCGGAGGUCGACGAUUCACCGCUCCAGCACGCCAUGGAUCGCAACAAGGAAUCGCUGAAGGUGAAGCUCAUGCUGAGGCGACCCAUCAAUCAGCUGGUUGCGCAAGGCAUCAUGCCCUCGUUGAAGACGCCCCCGGCGUUCCACGAGCAACGGAAACAGCUGGAGCGAGCGAAAACGGGGGAUCUGCUGAAGGCGAAGAUCCAGCAACGACCGGGUAGGGACGAGCUGGUCAGGCAGCACAUUCUCGAGGAUGUGGGCCACGUGGAUCCGAGCCUGGCCGAACGGCAGCGGAUGCUGAAGAAGGCCAGGCUCGCCGAUCAACUGAACGAUCAACUCAGCCAUCGACCCGGUCCGCUCGAGCUCAUCCAGAAGAACAUCCUUCAUACUGAAGAGCCCAUCGAGAGGGCGGUCAAAGAGGGUCACAUUCCCUUCAAGGCCACCUGUGAGGGCCAGGUAACGAAGCCUCAGCAUCCGGACCACUAUAUCACCUUCGAAGAUGACUCCCAAAGCUCGGAGGGUGCGCCUUCACCUCAGCUGGAAUCGCGAUCGGACGUCCUCGAAACCGCGGCGGCGUCCGCGGGCAUCGUCACGGUUUCCCUCAGCAUACCGACAACCGGCGGCGCCGUCGUGGUCUCAUCGACAUCCCCGGUCUUCCAGCAGACGUCCACGGAGUCGACGAUACAGACCUUCGCCGAGCUCUGCAACACGGUCGUGGGCACGCAGCAACAGCAGGGUCAGCAUCAGCAAGCCCAGCAGAGCCAGCAGCACACGUCUACGCAGGCAAGCCAGACGAAUGGUCCGUCGACGACCCUCCUGCCAUUGGCGCCGGCGCCGAGUCCGAUGUCUCUCGGCUCGACGACGUCCAGCCUGAGCCCCCUGUCCAACAUUUCGAUAGCUUCGCCCCCGGCACCGCCGCCGGCGGCGAUCACCCCGCGACCCCAGCCAAGUCCGAUAGCAGCCGCGGCCGCAGCCGCAGCCGCCGCCGCGGCCACCACGUGCCAAAGGAGCGACGCCCCCGGGAAGGACAAGAACAGAAAGAAGUCGAAGACCAAGAGCCAGCCCAAGACCCGCACGAUCAAGUUCCACGAGUACAAAGGACCGCCGAACGCGCAGAAGACGCCGGUGUCGUCCAGCACUUCCGGCCUCGGUGCGGCGCCACCCGGCGAGACCAGUUACGAGCUACUGCUGCAGCAACAGCAACUAUUCCUGCAAUGGCAGCUCGAAUGGCAGCAUAAGUAUCCACAGAUCAUCUUGCCGGCAGCGCAGAAGCCACUGUCGCUCACAAGCAGCGGCGCGAGCGACGCUGGUAGCGUGAGCGGAAGCAGUGCGAACGCCGCCAGCCCGGCACCCUCGAAUUCCUCGAACAAUCCGUCGGAGCAGCCUCCGCUGAGGCCCUUGGGCAAACUGGAGGACAUGAAAGUGAGCGACCUCAAAGUAGAGCUGAAACGACGGAAUUUGCCGGUGUCGGGCUCGAAGCCGCAGUUGAUUGAGCGAUUAAAGCCCUUCACCGAGUCGUCUAGCGGUAAUUUGACUUCCAAUUCCAACGGGCCGCACGUGACGCACAUGGGUCACAUCUUGAUGGACACACCUGGCUUGGUGACGACGGACGAAUCCAGCUCGCAAGCCAAGAGUCCGAGCUCUACCGUGAAAGACGAACCGAAUAGUCCGCGCACCGCAUCGCCUCACAGCAGUGAGCAUGACGACCCGUCAAGUCCGCCAGGAGAUGAUAUCAUCAAGGAACAGAGGAAACGGAUAGAGGAGUUACAGCGCGAAUUGUACAAGUCGCAGCAGCAAUUGCAGCAAAUUCGUCAGACACAGCCAGCCACGGUGCGCGCCGAGAAGCUGGUGCUCCAGCAACAUAUACAAAACAAGAUGCAGCAGCAACAGUUGGCUCUGCACUUGCAGCAGCUUCAGCACCUGCAACAGCAACAGCAGCAGCAACAACAACAGCAGCAGCAGCAACAACAGAACCAACAGCAGUCGCAGCAACAACAAACGCAGCAACAACACGCCACGUUCCAGCAACUCAACGCAAAAGCGGGUCUCGCGGCUUUCCUACAGGCGCAGCCGAACAACGCGACCGCCAUUCUCGACUCUGCAACUCUUACCGCGAUUAACAACAAGAAAAAUCAAUCAAAGAACAGCACCACUGUCCAGAUACCCACGGCAAUCGUUUUAAAUUUGGCAAAGCCGACCAAGCUGAAUGGUUCCUUGCUCGGUGCUCUUGUGGCACAAGCGCAAGCUCAACAACAGCAAACGACCACUACCACCACUGAGGAUGGCAAACCGCCGCCGCCACCGCAAUACGAUGAAGCCGCCAAAUUGCUGAAGGUCAAAAUCGAGCCAGUUCAGAAGAGUCACAUAAAAAGUCAAGUGGUCGACGACGUCCUCGAAAUCCUCAUCAAAAAUGGCGAACUACCGCCAAGCGCCGCGCAAGAUCCGGCCACUCCUACGACCCCGAAUCGCCAACUGCAACAGAACCUGGUGUUUACAGCACCGGCGGAUAGUCCAACGCAGUCUCUGGUCUUCACUGCCGCGAGUCCAAUGAGCCCGAUCAGUCCGAUACCGAUGGAGGUGUCUCAGAGCACCUGUCCGAGCCCAUCGACACCGGCACCGCCGCCUCCACCGCCUUUACCUCUAGCGACGUUCUCUAUUCAGUUACCUACCACGUUACAGCAGCAGCAACAACAGGAGGAGAUUUCGUCUUUCAGCACAGAUCUCCUGACGUCCGAGGCUGAGCUUGAUGCCGCAAUGUUGCUUAGUCCGCAGUCAGUGCAGCAAGCAUCCCCGGACCCACAACCGCCGCAAGAAGUGACUUCGUCGGACAACGCGAAUUUAGAUCUCAAAGAAUUAGGAUUGGAUUUGGAGACGUUGGAUCCGAUGGACUUUGGUCAGUUGGACUGCGAUCUGGGAGUCAAAAUGGAAACUCCUCAAGAACUGAUGGAUAUCGGAGACAUGCCGAUGGACAUGGACGAUCCCGAUUGGCUGGAUUCUUUGAUGCCGCAAUCGCCGCCCGUUUCCACGGUGUUGUCCAACCAUCAAUCGACUCCGCCGAUCAAUCUCUCGUCCGCUACGGAUAUCUACGAUCCGCUGUUAGGCAGCAGUCAGUAUCCCUUUGAUCUCUUCAAUAUGGAGGACUCCGAUUUCAAGAUGUCGUCGGAUUUACCAAUGACCUGGGACAAAGUGGACUUCGCGACCUAGCCCGAAAUACUCUCUCGGAAUCCGGCGUUGUGUACUUAAUAUGUUCGAGAAGGUAAUCAAAAGUAUAAGAGAGGAAAGAGCAGGAAAAAUAGAGAGAGAGAAAAAGAGACCGACAGAAAGAGAGAAUGAGAGACGGACAUUGAGACCAUCGUAACGUCACUGGUCAGGUUUGUACGGUGCAUUUGACAAAUCGUCUCGCGACAAACUUGCCCCUUCCUCGUGUAUCUCUUGUAACGGGCAUAGCGACGUUACAUUGAAUGUGUACUUAUACGCGCGCGUCCAAAUGAGAAGUUGCAGGCUUCUUACGGGUUGACUUUUUUCAGAGCGUAAUCGAACUUAUCGAUUAGAGAAAGAUUAGAAAUAAAUAGUUUACUCGCGCGUGAGCGAGUAUUUGAGAUUAACAAUUAAGAAAAAGAAUAGGACGGGAGGUGUAAGACGGAUCAGCGCUCACGGUGUUUAACGCGCGCGCGCGUUCUACUGUUUUCCUCGAUCAUAACAAAUACUAACGCGCGUCGUUCUUCCAGUCGACAUGAUCGGUCGUUCCGCGAGAAAAAGAAAGCUAAAACUAAGAAAACUAAUAAACGAGAGAGCUCGAGGCCGAGAAGACCUCUCUCUCUCUUUCUCUCGAGUGUUUCUUCUUACGCGCAUCCUUGACAAGCUGCGAUAUCCGAUCGUGGCGUCAAUGAUACAACGGCCGCUCGUGUGAGAACAGAAGAACAGAACGGCAGUCCCGGGACCGAACAAUCAACUCUACGACAUUUUCAAAAUUCUCCAAAGAGUCAGCUUACGACGUUUUUUAAGCUAGUUUUUACUGUCCAGUCGUGUGUUGCUUGAGUUUUAAUAAUCGCGAAAUAGCGUGUGUGUCGAAGCAGGAGAAAAGGAAACAUCACGUAACACGAUGUUCUCAGAUAAUCACCCUCUCGCUCCCUUUUCAUCCAGCAUCCUCGUCUACCUUCUUCAUCUCUUUUGCGAACCCCACUCAACUGUAAUCAAUCAUAACGUAAUCGCAUAAUUUACACGCAUAAUAUAAUUACGAGAAUCUAAUAUAAUGCAGUAAUGAUUAUUGUAAAGGUAUACAUAUAAAUAUAUACACACGCAUAUACAUAUUACACAUGUGUAAAGGAAGGAAAAAAAAUACUUCUAUGCGCCUGACGUCUGCGAGUCGAGUGUACGUUCAGAUACGCGAGAAUUCGAGGACCUUCCCAGCGCAGCUACACAUAUUUUCUAAGCCAGAGCAUGUGAUGUUAGGAAUUAUGCGUAUUUUAAUCGAGUAAUCAUUAUGUAGAGAAGUAUCGACGUGGAGACGGCUGCGCACGCGAGCGAGCGAGCUGCGAAUCGCCGAGUUUCGUGCCACGGCGCGGCCCUUCGACUCUUCCCAACGACUAAUCUUUUCGUUGUUUCGUGACAUUCCAUGUUUCCAAACUAUGUACGAACGAGAGAAAGCGCGAGAAAGAGAGAAAGAGCGAGAUCGAAGUCACGCGUGUCGCGAGCCGCACCGUAACGCACGGGCGAUUGCGCUAAUGUCGAAGGAUCUGUCUCGGAGUGUCGUGUCCAAGAUGUGCAUUCCUCCGAGACGUUCUUCGGAGACCAAGCGGCUUCGCGCGUCGACGUAACGACGAAGGACCGCGCCGGCGAACUCGGUAACGCGAGCGAGAGAGAAAGAGCGAGAAUACAUGUGCGUGCAUGAGCGUGUUUUCAAGAGCGCGAAUGUUCUGCCUGUAAGAGA